UUUUUAGAUCGGAGACGGGUUCAAAUUUCACUUUGGAAUUUGGAUGUUUAAGUUUUUCCAUUUGUUAAUUUAUAUUUUAAAGAUUUAGAAAGCUUAUUUAUCGCAUAAAUAACUACAUUCACUAAGGUUUCCAAAUAAGGCUCGACCUUUGUCGUAGUACCUUCUAUUUGCCACCACGAAAACAUUUCAAUGUAUGUCAUUUAAUGUUUUUAUGAUGAAAUGAGAAUUAUUGGCAUAUAAUACGAAGCUUUUCCAUAUUAUUCCCUAUUCAAUAUUUAAUUAAGUGUAUUCUGUACCAUAACUAACAAGAUCGAAUCGAAAAUGAACAGUUAUUUAUCACCUCGUCUGAUGAUGGGAGCUGCUAUCGUAGGUCUUGUGGGCGCUGCUGGAAUGUUUCUAUAUGAACAAGUAUAUGCUGAGAAAAGGAGAGCUAUGUUACUAAGUGAAGUGGCCAGAUUGGAUAAGCAAGUAUCAAGCAUGCGCACAGAACUGGAAGCAUUAAGAGAAUUGCAGAAAGAAACGCGUAAUAGAAAUGAGAGCGAGUCGUCACGUGUUAGACUAGCGCGGCGGGUGAAAGCUAAGCCUCGGGUGCGUCGUGAAGUCACCCCGGCUGGUGAUGCAACCGAUUCAGAAUAUUAUACCGAUUGUCAUUCACUAGUUGGCACAGAUAUAGAAUUCGAUAGUGAAGAAUUUUAUGACGUUCCGUCAGAUGAGGAAGACACUCUCAAAGAGUCUAUUAAAAAUGGUGUUCUUACGUCUUCGGAGAGCUUAGAAAAGGAUACGGUCCAGACACCGCCCUUAAAACCCCCGAGAACUGAAAGUACAUAGCUCAUUUAGGAAUUAUAUUGAUGAUAUACUUAGUACUUCGGGCAGGGAUUGUAUAGUUAGUUUUGUGUUAGCUGGAAUAUAGGAAAUCAAAAACAACAUACACAUGACAUUUUAAAUGCUAAUUGCAUAUAUAUGUUGGCAACUAAGUAUAAUCUGUGUUCCUCAUAUUAGAAAUAUUUUAGUAAACAUUUUACUGAUAUUUCAAAUUUCGUUAAAUAAUAAUUUAUGUACUAAAUAAUAACGAAUUAUGAAUAAUAUAAAUUGUGAAUUGAUUAUUUUAAUUGCCUUGAAGUGUCAUGUGCGAAUGAAGAUCUGUAAGAAUUAAUUAUUAGUUCAGAUUAUUUUUACUAAAAUGUUCUUGUCUCUUUCAUUCCUGUAUAUUUCUUGAUUUUUCUUUCUUUUCCUGAAAAUUAAUGUGAAUUUUAAGCAUUUAUAGGGUUACAUCUCUAGUAACUGUCAAUUGUAGGAUAAUUGUAAUUCAUAUUACAGAAUUUUGAAAAUAAUUUGUGUUUUGAAGAUAAUUAUUAAUUUAUAUCCAGAUUUCCCUAAUAUUUUCUUGUAUCUAAAAUUUCAUUUGAUUAUAUUAAAACUGAUUAAAUUUGAGCAGUUCUUUCAAAAAGUAUUUUCUACAAAAAAUCUCAUGACUUAUGAGCGUCACACUACAAGAUCAAGAUUCGACACUUUAUCAGUCAAUUGAAAUGUUUUUGCUAAGAAAUUUGUUUUUUUUUUAAUUUAACACAAUUAAUCGAAGGCGACUGUAUGCUAGAUAUGUCUCCCGUAGUUAUCCUAUAUGUUUAAGACAUACUGGAGUCAGGCUUAGUCUCUAUCUAACCAUAGUUGUUUUUAUUAUUUUAUCAAAAGACAAGAUUGUAUUUUGGUCUAAUCUAAGUCUGGGUCUGGAUGUGUCUGGUACAAAAUGAAUUAUUAUAAUUGUGACAUUUGAUGCCAAAAACAUUAACCACCGAAUAAUGCUCAAAAUAUGUUAUUGUAUAUAUGAAUUGGUAUUUGGAAAAUUAUGUUUUGUUAUUAAACAUUAGAAUACAUUUAACUCUGUGACAUUUAUUUUAUUUCACCUAUUCUGAAUGAACUACAAUAUCCAAAUAAUAAACGUUGAGAACAAAUUAUUAUCUAAUUAAAAUCGAUUUUGAAAUUUUAGUUUUUAUCAAUUAAAUGUCCUUAUAUAUUAUAUACGUUUGGAGAAAAGCGAAACGUAGACAUUUAUAUAAUAAAUUCCCGUAAGAAGUUUGAGAAGGUCAAACGCCGUAGGUCAUUGAACUCCAUACUAUUAAGCAGCGAUAAUUUAUGACAUUCCAAAGGUAUUGUAGUUUGUUGGAUAAAUUUUGACUUAUUUGAUAUAUUUUAAUGUAUGGCUUAAAGCCUAUGUAAAAUUGAGUAGAUAUUCAAUUAUUUUUACGUCUAUAGAGACAUACUUUCAUGUUUCUACAUUGCAUAAUUUACCGUUUAAAUAAUAUAAUUAUCGUAAUGUAAUGUCGACAUAGUGUAUUAAAAAGCAUUAAUUAAAUGGAUUAUUACAAAUACAUAGAUGUAGAGAUGUCUUUUCUAUUUCGAAUUAAACUCUAUGAUUUUGUGACCGCAUUACUUAAUAGUUAUAUUUAUAUUUAGAAACAUUAACCGUCUCAUCUAAUUAUUGUUAAUAAAAUUGAUAUUAUAACAAAAUUGUUAUUUAAUAUGCGAAUGGACUAAUACAUUA